CACCUACUGUGUGAAGGACGCGUUAGAAUAACCUCCUCGGUUGGUCGGAACCGCUAGCGCUAUCUUUGAGCGACUUCGUAGACUACUUCCGACGCCGUUACCCAUAUCGCGUAUGAUGCUUUCCAAGUUUUCGCAUUGCCCGUCAGAUAGCUCACACUUCUAUAUCGCUGACAUUGUUUUGGACAUUUCUCCCACAGUCAUAGCGGAAAUGUAAAGAUGGCGACGGACGGAAUGUUUGCGGAAAACAGUGCUGAAUCUAAAUUAACUGCAGAAGAAGAUCGCGAACUACAAAAGAAACUACGUGACUUCGGUAAAGAAUAUGUAUCCCGAUCUGGUCGACUUGUGCCAGCUAAAAUCCAGCCAGAUGUGCUUUGCAGCUGUCCUCAGCGCUGCAAUGAAAAAAUAUCGACUGAAGACCGAAUGAAACUGUUUUCGGAGUUUUACAAACUUGGAGACCAAAUUAGACAGAACGAAUUUCUACGAGCUCACAUUAAAGCACGGGCUGUACAAAAGCGAUCACCUGACAAUAAACCAUUGAAGAGAGCAAAACGCAGAGUAAGCUGCAAAUAUCGGGUUCCUUUACUUUCGAAGACCGAUAUGCAUAUUGGGCCUGGAACAAGUCCAGCUGGUGCGAGAUUAAUAGAAGUCUGCCAAAAAGCGUUUAUGAAUAUUUUUGUCAUCACUGAGAAACGAGUUAGACUACAGCGUGAGAAGCUGAUUGUGGAAGUUAUGGGCACAAAAGCAAUUCCCCAUGUGCAACACAAAAGGCAUCCCCAUGAUGUCUUUACUACAAAUAAGCUGCCUUUGCAGUCUGCUGACGAACCUGUAGACAUGACUAUCCCACGUAACACGACAGAAAUUGAUGUGACAAUACUCAAGGAGAGAGAGCAUGAUAUUGCCCUAGUGGAUAAUUUUUUUAUGAAUCAGCUGUGGAAGCCAGAGUAUAUUAACACAGCGAUUUAAAUAUUCUGUGCCUGAACCAGACACCAACAUAUUUUUUUUCACUUUUCAAAGAACAGCUUAUAUUUUUGGAAAUAUUUUGAUAUUUUAUUAUGUCAAUAUUUUCCUCAAAGCUCACAAUUUACAAGGAAUGUACAAAUACUUAUGGUCUCAGGUUGUUGUGCAAUAUUAGGUACGUAAAACUAUAGUAUGAGUAGAUUUUUAAAUGCUAUUUGUUUCUCACCAUAUAAAGAAAUGUAUUGAUAAAGAUGUCCUGAUUGUAUGCAUCCUCAUUGGUUUUGUUACAUGACAGGAAUGCACUGCUCUCUAUUAAUUUUACAUUGAUGCUGCAUUCUUUAAAAAUGAAAACCUAUAGCAUCAGAUGCAUGGCAUUAACAGUGCUCAAUUAUGUAGGACAAUCAUGUUUCUCAUAAAAUAGUUAGGUGUAACAAGUUUUGUAGCAUCAGAUUAAAAUAAAAAGGCUUGCCAAUGUUUUAUACAUCAAGAACUGAAACCAUCUCAAACUGUCUCAAUUAUUAGCAGCAGUGAUAUAUCUGCCAAAUUUUAUUUAUUUAUUUAUUUUUGUAUGUAAGGUUUUUAAACAUUCAGUAUUUUAUGAACUAAGGCAUAAGACUUAAUUUCUGUUUAUUAUGACUUGUAGAAAUUGCAGUUUGUUGCUUUUAAAGUGUGGUUAUAAACUGCCUGAUAUGCACAGACUGAAGUCAGUAGAGUUAUGUCAAUAAUUUGUAUUUUGUCACCUGCAGCCAUUUACUUGGAGAAUCUAAGUAAAUUCUACGGUAAUGACAAUUUCUCAUUCAGUAGUGGUCCGUAUACAAAACAAAAAUUCACAGAAAGUCUUAAUAAAAAUAUCUACAGUCACAAUUUUUUCGUUUAUUAUUAUUAAACUACAUUAUGCAUUUCUGACUCUGCACCGGAAGAUGGUCCCACAAACUAACACGUCAUCUACAUUUGGUCUUGAGUGAGGUGAAAUGCAUUUUCCUGUUAUGAGAAAGUUAGACAAUAGGCUUGUAUUUCGUGGAUCGAGUGCCAAAAACUUUAUUUAAAAAAAAAAAACUGGAAGAACCUUUUUAACCUUUUGAGGUCAGGAUGAACAAGUGCUGAAACACGCUGUAAAUUUAUACAAAACAUGGGAAAAUUGUGACUGAAGGUGUUUUAUCCACACUUUCUGUGUACCGAUUAGUCACAAUCACAGCUACAAAAGAUGAAUAUAUUUUUUUAAGGAAAUAAAAAUAACAAUUGGAUUUAUAUUUUUCUAAAUUAAGAACAGCAAUUCAUCAAGUUGUAACAUGAAACAGAUCCUAAGAUUAUAACUGCAGUAUUCUUUAACUGUUGCCUAUUUUUGUGUAAGAGAAUACAUUCCUUGUUGUUACAUUUUGUAAGCAUAUAUGUAUAUAGACGUUUUUUAUUAAACAUGGUAUGAGGUGUGCUUUAUUACUCAAUUCAGACUGAAAAUACUGUUGUUGAAAAAAAGUGUUCCUUUUUAUAACACUUGCACAGGGUAACAUAAUGCUCUUUCAGUAUUCAUCAACUAGAAUCAACAAAAUUAUAAUACCUCAGCACAGAUGAAUUUAUUUUGUUUGUAUAUAAAAUUUGUGUAAAUAAAUACUAUGGAAUUAAAACUGUUGCAUUUUUUUCUGGCUUCAGUGAAACCUGAACUUUAUUGGGUCUCUAACAAGAACCUCCACACUUGAAAAAUCAAGUCAGCCAUUUGUAGAAAUAUCUGACACCAUGAAUUCCUACUAGAUAUUUCUUUCAUAUUAUUUAUCAGCUCUUCACAUGUAUGUGAAACUUCUUAUAAAUGCCAGUGCUAAGCAUUUGUUGUAUUAAGUCAUUCAGUUUUUUAUAAUUUACAGGUACAAAAGCCUUGUCCAUGUUUAGUUAAUUUUGCAAUUGCUCAUGAAGUACUUUGGAAAGAAUGCCAUAAAACAAUACCAAACAUUAAAAAUACAUGAAAUGUCAUAUCAAUUUCAUUGUUAGGUCAGUGGAAGGUACAUAGUGAGAUAUAGAAAAUAUGUGUAGUAAACUGUGGCCAGCACUCAAAAUGUACCGAUCUGAAAUUGAAAAAAUACAUAAGCUACACAUUUGCGAUUAUUUAUUUAUUGACAGGCUGGUAUUGGGUGCGUACCACUCAUCAGCAGAAUCUUAUAGAUUGGUUUCUUGGCACAGGCAAAAGAUUUUUUUGACCAGCUUAUUUCUUUUGGGUAUUAUGUACAUGUCAUGUUUUAGGAAAUGAUUCCUCUUUUUCAAAUGCGCUGUUCAUGUCUUAUGCCAUUUAUUCAUGAUGUUUUCAAUGUGUGAGAUGGGUGCUGCAUUGUUCUGCUUUCUUUGUUGUAAAAUUUUCUUGCAGUCCACCACUUGUGCAGAAACAUGCAUAGAAGUUUCUGAGUGCAGUACAGAAAAAAAGUCAUUACGUAAUUGUCAUUUCCAAUAUUUGCAAGCUGCAGAGCGCCACUUGUUCAAGACAUGACAGGAAUGAAGCUCUUGCAGCUAUCUAAGAAUGAAAUUACAGUGAAAUCCAGACCAUUAGCUGCAUACAGGUGUUAAUAAAUAUCAACGGGGGCAGUUGAAAAUGUGUUCUUCGACCGAGACUCGAACCCGGGAUCUCCUCUGUGUGUGUGUGUGUGUGUGUGUGUGUGUGUGUGUGUGUGUGUGUGUGUGUGUGUGCCCAUCUGCCUCAAAUAAAUUUUCUUCUCUGGUUUUGAAUUUCAGAUUCUCAUAUGUUUCCUCUACAAGAAACAAAGAGAUAUUUACUUCAAAUAAAUAAAAAUACUGGUCGACUCCACUAUUGUCUUAGUUUUGUGAGCAGUUAUUAAAAGAAAUUAUCACCAGAAAUAAGUGUAGAAAUAUUUAACAUGAUGACUGCCAGUGGCCAAAGUAGAGCCUCAUGCCAGAUGCCAUAGCCUAGCCUGCUAUGAAACAUCAAUUGAUAUGCAUGCGCGCAGCAGUCAACAUAUUAAUAUUUGGCUACUGUCUUCUAUCAUGGUUAACUGGUCCUUAAUUUGUGCAAAUUAUCUACCUAUGCCUCAUAAAUCUCACACCUACUCACAUAUCACAUGAAAGCAAACAGCAGUAACAAUAUUUUACCUGACCCAAUGAUACUCGGACUGACAUCAGUUGGUGCAAACAUGUGAACAGAGAUAAUCACGUAAUGUAGAAGCCAUUAUAAUAAAAUUCCAGGAAACAGUAUAUUAAGAUCAUUAGAUAUUCAGUAUGAAAAGGACAGGAGGUACAAGACCAUCUCAAUGUUGUGACUUAGUCUUAAGGGAAUCGGUAGAUUGACCACCACAACUAAUGAGUAUAAUUGGCAGGGGCACUACAAAUGUAGUGUGUGGACAGUAAGUUGGAAAUGUAUGUCUCACGGGGAGUGUGCCAGAGAAAAGUCCCUGCAGUUGCACGAUCCUUAUUUAUUAACACCUGUAAGCAGCUCACAUGAAUCAGACCACAGCAAUAAUUUAAAUAACAAUUAACUUUUAGAUUAAGACACUUUUUGUUUGUAAUAUACAGUGUUCAGUCACAGUAUUUUAUUUUCCUGUUUUAAACCAAUGCAUUUGGGAGUUGCAACUCAACUUUCACGGAAAGUUAUGUUUUUCAGCAUUACAUCUGCAUCAGUUUAUCACUUAAUCAUAUAUGAAUGGUGUAGUUUUAUGAAAAAAAAAAAUCUUGUAUGAAUGAAGAAAACAAAUAUAAGCAUUAUUAACAGUUACCUUCAUUUGUAUGUACACCUCAAAUACCCAAUAGAAUUUACU